AUAUGGUAUGACGAUUCAUCGUCUAGCCAGUGAGGAAGAGUGAAACGCGCGAUUGUCACACUUGGUACAGAGUGUCCAAGAUCUCAGUGACCAAGGUUGCUGUCCUUAGCUGCAGCCAUGCCCUCUGACCUGGCCAAGAAGAAGGCUGCGAAAAAGAAGGAGGCAGCCAAGUCCCGCCAACGUGUCAAAAGGACAGACGAGGUGAACGGCGUGGAAGAACAUCAAGAGAACCAGCCAAAUGCAACUGUCAACGGAGACGUGGCGUCACUCAUAAAGGAGCUGGAUGAGUUUGAGCUGCAGAAGAUUGAGGCACGAGCAGUGACUGGGGUGCUGGCGUCUCACCCCAACAGCACUGAUGUGCACAUCAGCAGCCUGUCGCUCACUUUCCACGGCCAGGAGCUCCUUAGUGACACCAGCCUGGAGCUCAACUCGGGGCGUCGCUACGGCCUCAUUGGCCUUAAUGGCACAGGCAAGUCCAUGCUGUUGUCAGCCAUUGGUCAUCGUGAGAUCCCCAUCCCUGAUCACAUUGACAUCUACCACUUGACACGUGAGAUGGACCCCAGUGACAAGACAGCCUUACAGUGUGUCAUGGAAGUAGAUGAGGAGAGGCUCAAGCUGGAGAAGGAAGCAGAACGACUAGCACAUGAGGAUGCUGAGUGUGAGAAGCUGAUGGAGCUGUACGAGCGUUUGGAGGAGCUGGAUGCAGACAAGGCGGCAGUGCGUGCCUCCCGCCUCCUGUACGGCCUGGGCUUCACCCCAGCCAUGCAGCGCAAGAAGCUCAAAGACUUCAGUGGAGGCUGGAGGAUGCGUGUCUCACUGGCCAGAGCUCUGUUCAUCAAGCCCUUCAUGUUGCUGCUGGAUGAGCCCACUAACCACCUAGACCUGGAUGCCUGUGUGUGGCUGGAGGAAGAGCUGAAGUCGUUCAAGCGAAUCCUUGUCCUCAUAUCACACUCACAAGACUUCCUGAACGGUGUCUGCACUAACAUCACCCACCUGCAUCAAAGGAAACUCAAGAAUUUCACGGGCAACUUUGACCAGUAUGUGAAGACCAGGGAGGAGCUGGAAGAGAAUCAGAUGAAGCGCUACAACUGGGAGCAGGACCAGAUUACACAUAUGAAGAACUACAUAGCACGGUUUGGUCAUGGCUCUGCUAAGCUUGCCAAGCAGGCUCAGAGCAAAGAGAAGACCCUGCAGAAGAUGGUCUCCUCAGGCCUGACUGAGCGAGUCGCCAAUGACAAGACGCUGUCAUUUUGCUUUCCUCCCUGUGGGAAGAUCCCGCCUCCGGUCAUCAUGGUUCAGAAUGUCAGUUUCACAUACUCAGAUGACACGCCAUGCAUAUACAAAACCCUAGAGUUUGGGAUUGACCUGGACACCAGGGUGGCACUGGUGGGUCCAAAUGGCGCUGGCAAAUCCACUUUGCUGAAACUACUGAUGGGAGAGUUGCUUCCCACAGAUGGUAUGAUCAGGAAGCAUUCUCACGUGAAGAUCGGCAGGUAUCACCAGCACCUGACAGAGCAGCUGGAGCUGGACCUGUCUCCGCUGGAGUACAUGAUGAAGUGCUACCCCGAGAUCAAAGAGAAGGAGGAGAUGAGGAAGAUCAUUGGUCGGUACGGCCUGACAGGAAAACAGCAAGUGAGCCCUAUCAGGAACUUAUCAGACGGACAGAAGUGUCGCGUGUGCUUCGCCUGGCUGGCCUGGCAGAACCCCCACAUGCUGUUUCUGGAUGAGCCCACCAACCAUCUGGACAUCGAGACCAUUGACGCACUGGCGGAGGCCAUCAACGAAUUUGAUGGGGGCAUGAUGCUGGUCAGCCACGACUUCCGGCUCAUUCAGCAGGUGGCUCGUGAGAUCUGGGUGUGUGAGAAGCAGACCAUCACCAAAUGGAACGGAGACAUCUUGGCAUACAAGGAGCACUUAAAAUCUAAAAUUGACAAACAGACGCACGAUGUGUGACGCACUGGGGGGCCAACCCCCAACUCUUAUCCCCUUGAUGGAUUUGCACAUUUUCCCCUCUCCAACCCCCCCCCCCCCCCCCAAAAAAAGCGCAUGAGUGAGGGUGCCGUUUAUAGUGGAUGUACCUGACAAAAUGUCAAAGUACAUUGUGGACUGGAUUCCGUUGUACCAUCAUUACAAGGUGUUCUCUCCAAAUAAACCACAAUUUCAGUCAUA